UAGCAGUUUUCCCGUUUGAAAGAGACCAGUGAUGGCGGAAAAAUAAUGAGCAAGAAAAGGCAAGAAAAUUGGCUUUUAUGUAAUUUAUGUGGUAGACUUCUCUAUUUUCGCCAUCUCAAUGAGCACUUGGUGAAUUGCACUCGGGAUUCGGAAGCAGAGUGCUCUCAGCCACUUUCUGACCACGCUUUCAUCCAAGAUGGCUGCCUCCACGCCGUUGUUGCCGAGAAGAAUAUAUCAACAAUUCUGUCAGGUUAGUUAACAUAGAAAUAGAGCUAAAAGUCGUGAAGACGCAACUUGAAAUCGUCUUCUUUACUUUUAGGCUGUUAUUUUAGUUUUUGUAUUCAAGACAGUUUUGACACAAGGCUAGUGAAGUAAGUGCCACUAGGCAAUCGCCUGAAGCGGGAUUUUUUAAAUUUAGCAUUGCGGGAUUUUUUAAAUUUAGCAUUGAUAAUCAAGGAAAACCUUGUACCGUCACUUUGAAAUAGCUUUGGGCAAAGCCAAAAACUAGGUAUCUGGGAACCUUGAGAUAAGAAGUUGCUUAAUUUAUCAUUGACGUUAACUUUUUAUGCCCAACUGCUUUUCCUCUUAACACCACGUGCAGUUUCCUAGGGCUGUGUAUAAAAGUGGGACGGGGACAAGGGGACGGGGACAUCGGGACGCGUGUGUGGGGACUUGGGACUUGGGGACGUCAAGUAUGGGACGCGGGGACGUCAAAAACUGGGACGCAGGGAACCCGGGAUGUUAAUGAUUAUUGCAAAAGUCGGAGGUAAAUGCGACAUCUCUUUCUUCGUGAAAAUGUGUUAUUUAUGGUCAACAUUAGAUUCCAUCUUCCAAAACCACAUUGGACACCUUAUGAUGUUUACACAAAAUAUUUCUUUGUAAUAGAAGUAUUAAAAGCCCACUGACUAUCGUGAUCAGGUUUAGGGUUGAUUUCCACUGUCGCGUAAUUUUUCCAUGCAUACGUGCGUAAAAUUUACGUUCGCACAUAAAAUAGAGGCAAUGUCUGAAAGGCCGCACGUAAGCGUAAAAGUAGAAUCUCGCUCAACUUCACGUUUAAUCUCGACAAUUUAUAUCUUGCCUAUCUUAUUUACGUGAUUAAAAUUUACUUGCGCAUAGCCAAAAACGCGUCGGUGGAAAUCAACCUUUUAAGUACUGUUAGCAAGCAUUUACUGUUAGGUUUGCCACUAAAAAUGUAGAACAAAAUAAAUAUUGCUGCAAUAGUUGAAUCCCUCGUGGUUUAGUGGUACAGGCGAUGGAUUUCGGAGUUAGAACUUCGGGAUUCGAAGCUCGCUAAUGCCACUUAAUUUUUAUUUAUUUGGAGUCGAAUGCGGUUAUUCUACAUAAUUUUUGGCGACCGCAACCCACCCUACCCUACUGGCUCCAAUAUUCCAUCAGCAAGAAGACUAGGACAACGGUUUCACUGUCUUCAAUGCAGGGGGUCUUCGCCGAGUCUUCUCUUCGUAAACAGGCAUGGAGGAACCCUAAGGAGGGCAGGGUGGGUUUCCUUUCAUCAAAACAUAUUCACGAGGAAAGUGACUGAUAUCGCAUUUACCUGCGACUUUUGCAAUAAUCAUUCACAUCCCGCCUCCCCUGCGUCCCUGUAUUUGACGUCCUCGCGUCCCCGUCCCACACGUCCCCGCGUCCCAUAGUUGAUGUCCUCAAGUCCCUCGUCUCGCGUCCCACGUCCCAAGUCCCCACACACGCGUCCCGAUGUCCCCGUCCCCUUGUCCCCAUCCCACUUUUAUACACAGCCGUUUCCUAGCAUUCAAUUCAGUUGAAUCGGUGGUCUUAAGUCCACUCGCCUGUAGAUUACUUGACAGGUUUGGUCAGGUUACACCGCUGUACAAUAACUUGUUUGUUGAAUCACCUACAUUGUAUGAUCAGUGUGUCAGUUGCAUUUCUUUGUUUUUGAUCAUGUGUUUUGUCCUGUAUUAAUCAUGGCUGAAAAAUGCUUAACCAGCAAUAUGGCAGUGUUUACUGGUUAUUGGAUUGUUUUCUCAAGAAGUGCAGAGCUAAUUUAUGAAAUCAGAAAUUGGAGGGAGGGUUUACACUCUCAUUUGCAGGUGUAGAGUUCCAGGUCAGUGCAGGUCUAAAGGUGUGGAUGGAGGUACAGGUAGAGGUUGGCUGUGCAUGUGUAGUCUGAUGACGUCUUUAAUAGUUUGUCAGCCUCAUACUGUCCUAUAACAAUUAAUUGGCAGAAAUGAUUGAAAAGAGCAAGCCAAAACAUUUCGAAGACUUAAAGGUCCAUUAGGUUCCAUCAGAUACUUAGAAAUGACUUCAAUUCGGUAGGAGGUAUUUUGCAGAAUGCUGAACGCUGAAUGCAGAACACCAAAUGCCAAAUGCCAAAUGACUCUGAGUUUAGUGGUUGCCGUUCGCAAACUGAGUGAAUCAGAUUCCAUUUAGGGUCAUUUAACUUGGAAAACGGACCUAAAACUUCAUUAACUGAGUUUCCUAACCUUAAUCACACUAAAUUUCAGAGUCAUUCAGUGUCCUGCAGUUCACUGAACGCCAAAUGCAGAAUGCCAAAUGACUUGAAGUUUAGUGAAUGGGUUAGGAAACUAAGUGAAUCAGGUUUUGUUAAGGGUCUUGAUACUUGGAAAACUGACCUGAAACUUGAUUCACUUAGUUUCCUAACCCUUAACACCAAACUUCAGAGCCAUUAGGUGUUCUGCAUUCAGCACUCUACAUGAGGGGUGACAUGUGAAAAAUUAAACUUCAGAAAAUCGUGGGGAAUGUACUAGGUAAGCUUCAAAAAUUGUACAUGACCAGAACAGUCAUCUAGAAAUUUUUAGCCUUCCUCAAGCUAUAGAAAAUUCUCGGCCAUUAAUUUUUGCUUCUCCAUAGAGAUAUAUUACAGAAAACUGUUUUCAGGUGCCCCUGAUGAAAUUGCAACACAAACUGCAAUACCAUGGGUCAAUUUAUUAAAACUUUUACAAGUGUAAUUUCGUAAAGUAUGGAAACAAUAGCCACUUGUAAAUUACAGUGUACACCUGUAAAAGUUUUAAUAAAUUGGCCCCAUAAUGAUGUUAUCAGACAGUGCACCUACACUCUCGCACCUGAACUUGCACCUGCAUCCACACCUGCAGACCCUCACUCACACCUACCAUAAAUGACCUAAUAGAUGCCUGGGGCAUGUCAUUAAAUUAAGGGGUCCGAGAGGGGGCAUUUAGUAGUUAGGAGGCAUUCUAAAGACAGAGGCAUGAAUGGGUAAAUUUAAAUUAUCUAUUUUCUCUAACAGAUAGUAAGUUACCACUGUCCUCUAGAAAUGAUAUUAUACUGCUUAACAGCCAUACAGUGAAGGAAUGCCAUCUGCCUAUUGGCAAAAGGGUGUUGGUAAAGUCAGAAAAGAAAUCUCAAAAGGUAAACAUUUGGAGUUUCUUAGUUAUUACAUGAAUAAUAUUUUAGAGGAUAAUUAUAGCUGAAGAUAUAGUUGAACAGCCUCAUACAAAGGACCACCCAAAGUUCAAAGAUUUACAGAUGUACAUAAUGUAGUGCUCUGUCACGUACAUUAUAAUGAUGAUGAUGUUAAAGUCGGCAGAAAUCAUGCAAUAUAAAUCCUUCAUAUUUCAAGUAUAUUGAUUUUAUCAUUUUGUGCUCCUUUGAAUAUGGGGUAUAUACCGGUAAUUAUAUUGUCAAGUUUUUCAAACCUUUCAAAAGCAAUUUGUUGAUUGACACAUAGUGUGUUCUCUGUAGUUACUGUACUAUGUGUAUUACAUAACCCAGAGUAUGUAAAUAGACUUAUUAAUAAUAAGUGACAACAUUGAACUAAACAUACAUAAUAUGCAUUAUGGCUUAAUAAAAACUGGAUGCAUAGAUUCUUUUUGAAAAAGUCUUUAAGGAUGAACCUAUUCUUGAAAGAGAUUCCCUGUUGUUUGAUUCUCAUAAACGGCCACCUCUCAUGGAGGACGAGAAUAGUGCAAGAAUGGUAGAGUAAUGUAACAGAGGGAUUAUUUGGGUGAUUUUGAUAUCAAAAAAAUAUACCGUACACACAGGAUUGUUCUCUUUCAAUGCUUACGUCCUUUCUUAUUACUUCUGGUUGAUGCCUAGGAGAUGAUGGAAAGAAAACUGACCUCAUAAGGCUCAGUCUCUAAUGCUCUCCAGCCGAGUAUUCCUCAACAGUGUCUAUCAUGUAAUGUAGAUGUCAGACUUCCUCUUUGAGCCCUCUUAUGUGUAGGCACCCAUGUUAUAAUCAGCUGUAAGGCUGGAGAAAAACAUGUCUAAAAAGUGCAAUUCUUCUGUUUGGAAUGGUACUAAGUGGUCACUUUUACCAUAAAUUUUACUGUGGGUAACCAGCCGUUCCAGGAUUUUUUUUUUAAGUAUGCAAUUCUCUUGGUUUAGUUUAACACCGUGAAAUGUUGUCAUCGUUCAUUACUCCACAAACUUUCCAACCCAAGAUCCCAUCUUUCUGGAUCAACUCUCUUCUUGGUAUGAAUAACAUGAUUUGUCUGUUUUCUUCAGAUAGUGUGCCUGGUAUGGCCCGCUUCAGGAGUAUCACCUGAGUGUAAGUAUAUACUAUCACAUACAAAACUCAAUACACCUGCUGUUUGCACAGUUGUCGUGGUUAAAAUUUUUCUUUGUCUUCAGUUUCUCAAAUCAUUGUCCUAUGAGAGAAGACAGGGCAAGCUUACAUUUAUUUUUGUGACGCCGCGAUCUACCAUUUUUGGUUUUCGUGAAUCAUGAUGUACUGAAAAACUGUUCUGUGAAUUGUAAUUUUGAAAGUAAUUAUAAUUAUUAAGGACUGUGCUUCAGCAGUGCCUGGUGGCCCCUGGUGCUUAACUUUUGCACCUGAUGUGUGACUAGAAAAUGUUAGACUUUUCAUAGAAAUCAUAUCCUGGGUGCACUGGAUUUCACGUUCAGAGCACUGGGCUCCCUUCAAUUUCUCUUGAUUAUAAAAAUGUCAAGCUGAGCCAACUAGUAUAUAAUCUCAGUAUCCCUUAUAGGUAUUCUUGCCAAGUUUCACUUUUUUCUCAAAAUGACUUUGGUUUGAGUCUGCAUGUAGUUUUAUUGUUUUCCAUUAUUUUUUGACGUAUUCUCAGGACUAGUUUUUUGAAUAUUUUGAUUUUUUUUUUAUAAUAAUGAAAAAAUUUUUAUUGACAACAAUACUAACUAUUAAAAUCCUAUUUACGAUUAAUUUACUUGAAAAAAAGAAAAAAAUAUUCAUUCAAAACAAUAUUAAUUUACAAUUCCUGUCGAUUUAAAAAGCACUUAAUUUAGCUUAGAAAGAGUUCAUUUAACUAAGAAAAAUUUAUUCAAAUUAAAAACAUUUCAUUUCAAUAAAAGAAAUCUGUCAGCCUCUAAAAUUCAAAAGUUUCUUUCAACUGUUUAAAUAAAAUAAAAUAAAAUAAAAUAAAAUAAAGACAAUUAAUAAAGCAUCUAUAGCUGUUGAGUCUAGGGAAGUCCUGCUUGACCCUUCUCUAUUUCUAGAUCCCUGUCCUUAACAUCUAAGUUCCGCCUUAUCGGGGUUCUCGAUCCCCUUAGGCAUAGGAGGGUGCUUCGCAAAAUUGCAAAGGACACUUUUGCCCUGACCCAUGAAAUUGUUGUGGCGUCGUAGCUCUCUUGCUUUUUUGAAUAUUUUGAUAGGUUUACUUGAAAUUAGAUCAGGAUGUCUAAUUUUUCACUCUACACCAGUGUAGAAUUUGAUCUAUCUAAGAUUAUUUUUAUCUUUUCAAGUUUGUAAGGUCUUCUUUGUUCAUAGUUAUCAAUAUUAAUUUUCUUUUGUUUUGUAUUAUAUUAGGUUGUCCAGCAUUUUUUAAAUUGAGCUUUUAGCUUGGAUGAUUGAGCAAUCACUGAGUAGCUCUUUCAAAUUGAAUAAGUUUUUUCUACCUCUACUUCUUUCUAUAGACUAGAUCUAUUCAGGUCACUUCUGAGUUCAACGUCACUGGUUAGACUAGCUCCUUUUGAUAUGCAUUAAUAGUGGACUUUUGGCAUCUAUAUCUUUUGAGGAAAUCUCAAAAAACAGUUGGCUAAGCUAUACAAUCAUACACUGUAAGCAGAGUAAGGUUAUACUGCUAUCUUACUAUUUUUGUAGGUGCUGUUUUAACACCACUGUCUCUUCUCAAUGGCCAGGUAUGAAGAAAGCUUUGUUUAUUGUUUUAUGGCUUGAAUUGUUUUGUUUCCAGUGAUGAUCAGUGUUUACUAUAUUUACAUAAUUAUUUGCAAUAUUAUCAGCGUGCAAAGAAAGUAGUGUCCAAUAACCAUGGGCCAGUGGAUUUUGCUUUCAGGCUAGUGAAUUCUGUUCUUAACCCUUUCACUCAGCCAGAGUGAAUGUUGGAGUCCCUUAAGGUAGUUAUGACUUUUGAGUCUGUGGACAAAAUCCUAUGAUGUGACCAUUCAAAUGAAAACUCUCUACUUGUACUUUUAAAUGGUGCUAUUUGAUUCCAAAAUUUUGGAAAACCAAAUUUGGGAAUUUGUUUUUACUUUUGCCCUUGUUCACACUUGGCACUGAAAGGGUUAACUUGCCCGAUGGGCAAGUGAUGUUUUUUGAGAAAUUCAAAUUGAUGGGGAACUGUGGAAUCAAUUCUGCUUGUCAAAAAGCUUUUGGGGCUAGUUGAAAUGACGUUUGAGCUGGUAAAUGCUAGCUUCAGCUUGCCCGAAUGGCAAGCGGGAAAAAAUGAUUUUCUUUCCACCCCGAUUAUACACAAACCUUUGGAGCUAUAAAUAUACACAAUGUACACUGUAACAGAUAAGAAGCAGCUGUUCAAAGGUACAGUUGUACUAUGAAUUAAUUUUUUCGUAAGGGCUGGUAAAAAUAGAGGAUAUUACAUGGCUGCACGGGAAUACGAAUUUUAUCUUCGAGUGCUGAAAGUAUCUCUCACGAAUGAGCGAAGCGAAUGAGUGAGAGAUACUUUCAGCACUCAAAGAUAAAAUUCAUAUCCCCAAGCGGCCAUGUACUGUUCUGUUUAUUUUAUAGAUACUCAUGAAAUUCCUACAUAAAACACAACCUUUUUUUAAAUUCAUUUUCGAAACAGCAAAAAAGUGCAAUAAAGUGGUCACCUAUGGCAAAAUGUCUGUCACAAAAAUGUUAUGAAACUUGGAUAUAAAGUUAUAAAGGAGAAAUAAAGACAAUAAUAGAGAAUAAUAGAGCGGGAAGCUCUCUUGUAAUUGGCUAAUCAUGUUAGUAUCCAUGGUGACACCAAUAUCCUCACACGUGAAAGAUAAAAAUAGUAUCUUCACUGCACGCGAUGAAGAUAUGAUUUUUCAGUAAAAGGAAAAAUUCUGGUAUUUCGUCAGUAUCUAUAUAAUAAUGAUGGUAUAUUUAUAUUGUCAGUAGCAGUAGAGGCUGAGCGCUUUAUAAUUUUUCCUCCAUACAGGAUGGGCACUUAUUCGAGUUGGGUGCUAAUUUAAGUUUGGGCGUUUAAUCAAACAAAUAUGGUAAUUAAUAAAUAAAAACUAUAAAAGAAAUGAUUUUGUUUUUCUAUUAGUUUACAGUGGGAGAUAUCAUCAGCAUUAUUCCAUUAAAACAACUCUGUCUGCAUGCUGCGCAAGUGGAACUUGAGUUGUGGUGAGAUAUAAACUAACAAGCAAAUUAAUUCAGUAUGUGAUUCAUGUAACCAUACAUAAAAAACAAUGUAUUUAUGUUGAUUUGUAUCCUGCUUUCAGCGUUGCUGUUGAAUUUGAUAUAAACCAGCUGUUUAUUGAAUAUUGUCUCCAUGAACUAGGUAAGUACAAACAAAAAUUAAAUCACCUCUGACUACAUGACCUUUUGCAGUACCUUAAGUGUUUUUUUUUUUGGCUUCCCCAAAAUCCCUGAACCCCCACUAGAUUUGCUCUGCUUUGCUGUGCCUGUUGUCUUGGGUUCUUUAUUUGUUGAUCUGAUAUUGUAAAUUACACUCAUUUAUCAGGCAACCACUUUGUUUUUCCUGGACACAAAGUACAAGUUCAGUUCUAUGGCAAACAAAGACAACUUUUAGUUACAUCAGUAAGGGGAUCCUAUCCCACAUCUAAGAAACCAAUUUCUUCAACACAGUCUUGUGGUAGUACAACUGUGGAACUUGAAAACCAUCUGGAAGCUUUAAAGCUAAACAGUACUUCAACAGACAAUACACAAGUGGUGUUGUCUUUUUCAAAGGAUGAUGAUUCUAUACAUAGUGAGAAAGUCACAUCUACUUGCCAACCAAAUAGUCAUGAGAAAGAUUUCGGCAGAAGUGGAAGUAAAGCAGAAACUAUAGGAUUGAAUAAUCAAACUCAGCAGCUUGAGGUGGAGUCAAGCAUAGAACUUCAAUUUCAACAAUGUAAUCAAGAUGGUAGUCAAUCAGUAUUUUAUUACAUAUCUCCUGAAGAAACACAAUUAUUAAUUCAUGCACAUGGAUCAAGUCAUGGCAAUGAUAAUGACUCAAGGACAAAAGUGACAUUUGAUUCCAUCGGAGGACUACAGAAACAGGUUAAACUAGUGCGUGAAAUGAUUGAGCUUCCAUUAAAACACCCAGAGAUGUUCACAAGUCAUGGUAAGUAUUGUGGAUAAUAUUCAGUUUUUGCUAUGAGAUGUAACCUGCGGGAAAGCUUUGCAGGGCCCUCCCCCUCCUGUUUUGCCUCAUUGCCAGAGUGCCCCAGGGAGCCUGCUUGUAGGCUAGUAGGGUGCUCUUUUUGGUACUUUCUGUUAAAAGUAAAAUAAUUAUAUCCCUGGCAUAAUUUUUUUUGCUUGCUACCCUGCGAGCAGAUGUUUCUUUCUGGCAUGGCUUUUAGAAUUUGUAAAGGCAUUCACUUACCUUCUGACAGUUGCAAUGCUAAAAGCUAUUGCCAUUGAGAGAAAGGGUAGCUUUUUUGGUAUGUGAAUGAUAAUGAGUUUGAACAAAGAAAGAGAAAAUUUAAACCAAGGAAAACAAGAAAAUGAACAUUUACAUCAUCUAGCAUUAAUUUUAUUGCAGUUUUUAAAAAAAUUGUUGUUAGAAUGUUAUUUUAUUAGCAGUUAAGGUGGUCUUAUGAGGAACACCAGUUGACCAGCGUAAUAGAUUGCUAAUGUGAUUUAAAUGGCCAGUGACCUACAAGUGCGUCCUGUUUAGCUGUCAACCUAAAGUUAAUGUAAGAGUUUUAGAACUACUGCUAUUUUUUUUUAAGGUAAGGUUUACUUGGGUUAGCAACAGUAACUUGAAACCGGGUAGGCACGAAAGUUAAAGGGCCGGAGGUCUUUGCUUUUAUGUGCGUUAGCUAUUUUCUCUCUGUUUGUUUUAAGUUGACCAAAAGACUAACUACUUCCUCUAUACAUUCCUUAGAGUCUAGCUAUUUUUGUGUGACUUUUGUCAUUAUUACAUGUGUUAUUUAUUUCAGGCAUCCCACCUCCACGUGGAAUUCUGCUGCAUGGUCCUUCAGGUACAGGGAAAACCCUUAUUGCAAAAGCUGUGGCUGGGGAGUCUGGUGCACACUUUAUUUGUAUCAACGGCCCUGAUAUUCUAAGUAGGUCCGUAAUAUCAUCUCAAUCUAUUUAACAAGAAGAUUCCAUGUUGUCAUGCACCUGUUCAGUUUUAGAUCACAGAUGGCAGCAUAAUGUGGUAAGAACCAAAAAGUGGCACACGAACUGCAAGCGAGUGUGCCACUAAUGUUUUUACAACACAACUACAUGCUGUGCUGGACAAAACAAAGAAAAUAAUUUUCUCCUAACUUCAUCCGCGUGUCUGUACGUAAAUUGAUCAUAGCUAAUAACGUCCAAUAACAGUGCCUGUAGUACAUGUAUUCAUUAUACCAAGAUAUGUGAUUGUUAGCUUUUCUGCUCUUGCAUCUUAAAAAGAGUUAUUUUUACAGUGAAACCUUGUUAUUAUGACCGCCGAAGGGCCAAGGAAAACCUGGUCAAAUUAUCAAGGUUUCUGUCGGUAACGCUGACUUGAGUUCGUGAAGUUAGGUCGGAGCAAUUUAGAUUUCUGGGAAACUGCCCACCUACCCCUCCCCUAAGUCAUCAUUUUGCCCUAAGUGAGAAGUGAGUGUUAAUGUUAGCUUAGGGGAGGGGUAGGUGAGCAGUUUCCCAGAAAUCUAAAAUUGAUCCGUCAGGUCCACAAGAUUUAUGGUCAUAAUUCCAAAGUGGUCAUGUCAAUUAGCCUGCGAACCGCAGACGUAUUUCCGGUCGUCGCUAACCGGAUGCUCUCGCAGGUGACAUGUCAAUAGAGUGGUCGUGAGGUUGAUGUCCACUGUAUAAACUUUAAAUCAAAUUUAUGUAUCGCAUUCAAAGCAAUUCUUUCAAUUUUUUCCUGACAGGUAUUACGGUGAGACAGAGGCUCGUCUGAGGGACAUAUUCCGCGAGGCCCAGGAGAAGGCUCCUAGUAUUGUAUUCAUAGAUGAGCUUGAUGCUUUAUGUCCCAAGAGGGACAAAGUACAGAACGAGUUUGAGAAGAGAGUCGUGGCCACCUUGCUUACCCUUAUGGACGGAGCUACUUCAGCUGUAAGUUGACCUUAAGUCAGCAAGUAAAUCCCAACACUUUUUGUCUCAACCCAUCAGAAGCUCUACCCAGUUCUGGGUAGUAACGCUCCAUCAAUGUUAGCCUGCGAGCAAGCUCUCCUAUUUGGGCGAGUGAAACGAGUCUCGCGAGAACGCGCGAGCGAGCGGCGAAGCCUCGAGGGGCAGAGGAAAGCUUGCUCGCAGGCUACAUCAAUGUUUAAUUCUCUACGCUCGUUUCUCAGUCGUCAUAAUUUUCGCGAGGACACCAGUGGUGGCGUCGCGAAAUGUCGGUUGUUUUCUCAGGCAAACCUGUACAUGAAACAUCGCUUUGUCUCGUUUUUUUUCUCCUAGAAUUUCUUAUCUGGUCACGUGCUUGUAUUGGCGGCCACCAACCGGCCAGACGCCUUGGAUCCAGCCCUCCGCAGACCCGGGAGACUGGACCGAGAGAUUGAGAUCGGCAUCCCUAAUGCUGUUGAUCGUGAGGAUAUUCUGAGAACGCUUUUGAGGACUGUGACACAUAGCCUCACGGAGGAGGAAUUUGCCAGGUAAUAAAUAAGGGAUGUUGGGUAAGAAUUAGAUGUAUUAUAUGGCUGGUUUCACGCGCGCGGAGCGGGCAAGAUGAAGAUAAUACUGCAUUCUGAUUGGCCGCUUGAGCGGACAAGAAGGGUUCAUCACACCCGUUUCACGCAAAACAGAUUUUGCUUUGCCCAUAUAAUAAAUCCUUUAAUGACUAACUUGAGCUUAUUCGCUCAAGAUGACUUAAUGUGUCCUCGUUCUUUUCUUUUCUUUUUUUUCCGCGAUAUUAGAGUCCUUUAGAUUCUAAGACAAGGACGACUAUGAGAACGCGAUUUUAUUAAUACUAAGUAGUGCGCGCGCGUGAACCAGCGUCAGUUUGGCGGGAAAACGUGAUAGCCGUCGUCAUUCUUCUACGAAAAUUUCGUAGUGGCGGAAACAGGUUAUCAAAUGUUAGACGUUUUACGAUUCUGCCCUCGGGAAAGGGUUUAACCUACUUCAAUAAAAAUAACUGUGCUAACUUUUCUGGUGAAAAAAAUACAAUGAAGUUUUCCGAGCCAAAAACGCGAACCAAAAAAACUUUGGCCAGUAUACAACCAUCCUCACCAAACAAGCUUGGUCAAUAACGAAUUUGUCUGUGCUUUUCACAUUGCACGUGUCAGGGCUGUCAAUAAUAGUUUAGAUCUAAGUACACAUAAAUAAAUGUUAAACAUGUUGAACUCCAAAAUUCACAAACUUAACCCAGCCCCCUUAUAAAAUUAUAUAUUAUAACUUAAAAUAGAGAUUAAGAGAUUAAGUACUUCUGGGUUCGAUAGGGGUCGAUUGUAGGUGGUUAGUACCUUGCUCGAGACCAUAUCCUUCAGCUAAAUUACUCAAUAACUUAUGCCCUCUCAGCACCCGGACAUGAGUGCACCUAUAACGUCUAUCAUACUCUAAAGCUUGUCUGUUUUCUUUGACAGGUUUGCAGAAAUGGCACAUGGUUACGUAGGAGCUGAUCUUGCUGCCGUGUGUAAAGAGGCGGGGUUAAAGGCAUUCAAACGCUGUUUAGCAAAGCAGGAGAUGACGUCAUCUCUUAAUAGUACAGUCGACGAAGAGACUCUCAAGGAUAGCCUUCUGGUUACAAGAGAUGACGUCAUCGCCGCGUUUGCGCAGGUUGGACCCAGUGCUAUGCGAGAAGUUGCCAUCGAUGUUCCUAAGGUGGGUACCCUUGAGUGUGAUUGAACCUUGCCGGGUGAGAGUAGCUUGAUAUGAAACACGCGCAUUUCACUGUUUCCUUGUUUGUUGUGACUAAGACUAACGAUCAGAAUGUCAGUUUUAGUUUUUUCUAUGCAGUUUUUUAGUCGCUGUUCCUUUAGUCACAAAGUGGCAAUAAGAGAGUUGAGAGAAGUGCGAUACUAGCUAGCCACAUGAUAGGCCUUGAAUUGGCACGGAAGAAAAAGGGGAGUGUUAACUUUCCCUCACUUUACACUCACCUUGUCUGUCCAUGUUUGCCUUAAACUUUCUUUGUGUUGCAUGUAUCACACAACGGCACUAUUCCUGUCGAUCGUAAUAUACUUUUUUGCAGUCUUGAUUUUUAAGUUCCACUGUAUUGGUAAUCAACAUAUUUUGUUUUGUUGUUAACCAUAUUUUAGGUUCGUUGGGAUGACAUUGGAGGAAACGCUGUUAUCAAACAAAAACUAAUGCAAGCAGUGGAAUGGCCCCUAAAACACCCAGAGGUGAGGAUAACAACCUACCCACCCCUUCCUUUAACACUUUCACUUUAACACUUUCAAGGGGGCAAGGGCGGCGCAGUAGUGAGAGCGCUCGCCUCCCACCAAUGUGGCCCGGGUUCAAAUCCCGGCGUUGACGCCAUAUGUGGGUUGAGUUUGUUGUUGGUUCUCUCCCUUGCUCCGAGAGGUUUUUCUCCAGGUACUAUGGUUUUCCCCUCUCUUCAAAAACCAACACUUCCAAAUUCCAAUUCGAUCUGGAACGCACGGACACGUUUAAACGAGUUCAUGUGAACUCUUAAGUGCUUCGUGGGUAAAAAAGCCAUUUACAAUUUUUUUACCUCAUCAACGAACGGAAUAACAAGGCAAGCCAAACACAGCACUGUGAACUUUCCCUUAUACACUUUUCAAACAGCGCUGUGGGGACUGACCCUUCCCCAGUUGUCUUUCUUCCCGCUUGGAAGAUGCGCGUGGGAGAGCCUCCGCCGCGCCUUGUAGUAGCCUCCCGUGGCCUUUCCUUGACCGCCUGCAAAUGAUAAGACGCGGGCUGGGGACAAGUGAGGAGUGAGGUCUGGGUAAGAUUAUAUUUUCUGCUUCUGUAUUGCAAAAUGUGCAAGGAAGGCAGUGCCAACUUAUGUGAAUCUUACCGUUCAGCCAGUCAGAAAACAUAGAUCGUUAAAGUGCUUGCCCGGUCGGUAUGCUAGCUCGUGACCAUCAAAUUGCAUGUUUUUGAUUUGAUUUGAUCUUUUUGCAGGCAUUUAAGCGGCUUGGUAUCAGCCCUCCAAGGGGAAUCCUGAUGUACGGACCUCCAGGAUGCAGCAAGACCCUUGUAGCACGAGCGUUGGCUACAGAGAGUGGACUUAAUUUCUUAGCCGUGAAGGGUCCUGAGCUUUUUAGUAAAUGGGUUGGCGAGUCUGAGAGAGCUGUCAGACAGGUAAGCUUUUCCUAGUUCGACGUUUGAACGGGCCUUAGUAUAUCAUCCAAACCACCUUCUUCAGACAGAAAUUUCAAUUGCUGGCCUCGCUCUUAGACAAGCUAGAAAUCGAAACGUCGACUUUUUUCAUUUUUUUCCUCCUUUUUUUCUCCUUUUUUCAGUGUGGUGGCUACCUUUCUUUGUUAACUCAUUUGAUAAAGAUUGUGUCGUUUCCUUAUGGUUCGUUUGAGAAAGAUAAAUAAAUAACGAUUUGCAGGUAGCACAUCCACGUAGUGGUUCUUCGUCUACCUGAAAGUGUAAGUUAACCACAUUUUUGUUCAUUUUCUUGCCAGGUUUUUCAAAAAGCCCGAGCAGCAGCGCCCUCCAUCGUCUUCUUCGAUGAAAUAGACGCCCUUGCAGCUCCUCGUGGCAGCGGUGGAGACAGUGGCGCCUGCAGCGUGUCAGAUCGCGUUCUAACGCAGUUGCUAACAGAAUUAGAUGGUGUUGAAACGCUUAAAGACGUCAUAAUGGUGGCGGCAACGAAUCGUCCUGAUAUGAUUGACAAGGCUUUACUCCGCCCUGGAAGAAUAGACCGAAUCAUUUAUGUUCCACUCCCGGAUACAGAAGCUAGAAAAGAAAUUAUUAAAAUUCAGCUUGCCAAAACUCCCCUCGGAAACGAUGUAGUGUCGCAAGAUCUUGCAGAAAGGACAGAAAUGUAUUCGGGCGCUGAAAUUUCUGCUUUGUGUCGCGAAGCAGCGUUAGCUGCGCUACAAGAAGACAUUGAGUCGUGUGAAGUACACAGGCGACACUUCGAUUCAGCUUUUAUGGCAGUGAAACCUAGAACUUCCCGGGAGUUGAUUGAACUUUACAAAAGAUACCAGAAUGAAAGUGGCGUUCAUUCUAUUUAG